UUUUUUACAGGAGGAACCCCUUUUUUGAGACAUGAUUUUGAGACAUGAAGCCUGGACCGCCCUCGUUGACUACGUCAACGCCCAGCGUGCGUCGAAAAGGGCCGCAGAGCUGUUGCUGCGGGAGGUCAAGGGGACGCAGGCCACGUACAAGAAGGCCAGCACGCGGCACAUGGAAUGGGCCGCGAAGAUUCUCGCAGGCCUUGAGGCACGCCGCGAUCAGCUGGGGGCGCAGGUGCAGCAACUGACGCAGGCGCAGCCGUUGACGCGAGAGGACACGCAGCGGCUUGCGUCCUUGCGCCGGGAACUGCAUCGCGCACGUCCGUUCACGCUGACCCCCAGCCCCUCCUUCGCGCCGAUCUAUGUGCCCCUUGACAACACGUCCAUGGCCCGCCUUCCUGGGCUGCUGCCCACCCUGGCAAGGCGCCAUGGCGAGGUCUUCGCCGGUGCAGGCGCGGGCGCCGUGGCACCCUCCUCGUUUGUCCAGGCCGCGUUUGGCGGCGGGGGCAUGCAGUCGUCUGCCACGCUGAACGCCGUCGGCUGGGGCCUGUUCCAGCUCGGGGGUGUGACCUCCCGCAACGCCCCCUUCGCCAACUACAUCACCACGGACGGGGUGGCCUGCAGCGUGGCGCGAGAAGCGCACAACAAGCCGCUGGCCAACUUGAAGCCGGCGACCGCGCCCGCCGAUGCGGAGGAGCUGUGCACCCUGGAGGAGAUGAAGGCCACGCAGAUCAUCGGUGUGGACCCGUGCGGGGGAGGGAAUUGGUUCAUGGCAGCACGGUCUCCGCUGUACCAGCCAGGGCCCUGGGCUUGGGAGGGUGUCAGGGAGGGUGUCAGCCCUGCCCAGCGCUCCCUGCUCGAGCUGCACGACAAGCAGCUGGAUGAGGAGUUGUUCCCUGGGCAGCUGCCGCCGGAGCCGCGUCGCAGGCGCAAGGGUGGCGGGCGCAAGGGGGGCGGGCGUAAGGGGGGCCACCGCCGGAAGCAAUCGAAGCACUGGCAGCCGCGAGCCAGGACAGCGCGGCGGCGGCGCCAGAAGCGGGGCCGAUUCCAUAUGAGCAUGGGCCACUGGCGGCACAUGUCAGGCCUGGAACGACUCCAGCCAAACCGCCCACAGCUUGCGCCAGCCCUGCAGGCGUACGUCGGCGGCAUCCCCACGGCGGCGACCGCGUCGGCGGCCCGGUUUGAAGAGCGCCUGCGCUACCUCUUCGUCAGUAGGGCGGCAGGGCAGGCGGCAGGGCAGGAGGCGGGGCAGGCGGCGGGGCAGGCGGCGGGGCAGGCGGCGGGGCAGGCGGCGGGGCAGGCGGCGGGGCAGGCAGAGGCGGGGCCCCGGGGCGCGGUGCACGUGCUGUGGCACUACCACUUCUCCGCCUUCCGCCGAAAGCGCUGGGCUGCGUUCAUCCAGCGCGACCGCGCGCUCCACCGCGUCGCCAAGCAGCUCACGGGCGGCAGGCCCAAGGAGGAGGUGGUGGUGGGGUGGGGUUCGUGGGCCUUCCAGGGAGGGAAGGGCGGCUCCCCCAUCUCCGUCAGGGGCGGGCGCGCGCCAACGGGGCGGCUCAUCAAGCUGCUCCGUGAGCGCUACGCCAAGCAUGUGUUCAUCAUCGAUGAAUACAAGACCUCCAAGACCUGCUACAACUGCGGGUGUCAGGAGAUGGCCAUCAAGCGGCUUGGGGGGCUGAAGGAGGGGCAGCGGCCCUGGUCGGUCAAAGUCUGCAACGACUGCUUGACGACCUGGAACCGCGACGUCUCCGCCGCCAACGUGAUUCGUGUGCUCCUCCUGCUGAAGCUGAUGGGCUUCGAGCGGCCGAUCAAGCUGCAGCGGCCGCCAUGGCCGCCGGCGGCGGCGGGGCCGGGCUGAGAGCCUGAACGGCGCUAGCAGGGCGUGGGGCUGAGGGUGCACGUGUCGAUUGGCGGCGAGUGACGUGACUAGUUUGUUAGCUGCGGGUUAGCACGGACUGUGCACCCCACCCAACCGGCCACGUCCGGAUUUGCGGGGAUGCCAAAGGCCCCCAACAUAGAGGCGUGUGCUUAGUAGGCGCCCGCGUCAAGGUGGCUGGGUUGAUAACGACCCGGGAUCAGCCCUUUUCCUGCCAUAAGGCAGCCACCUCCUUGUUGAGACAUGAUGCGCCCCCCCAGCGCAGCGUUCCAGAGGGGGGGCGAAGCCCCCCAGGAACACCCCUGUCCGUCUCUACGUAUUAGUAUUUGUUAUUGCCUAUUGCAUGUAAAUGAACGGCGCUAGCAGGGCGUGGGGCUGAGGGUGCACGUGUCGAUUGGCGGCGAGUGACGUGACUACUUUGUUAGCUGCGGGUUAGCACGGACUGUGCACCCCACCCAACCGGCCACGUCCGGAUUUGCGGGGAUGCCAAAGGCCCCCAACAUAGAGGCGUGUGCAAUUUGCGUGUGCUUAGUAGGCGCCCGCGUCAAGGUGGCUGGGUUGAUAACGACCCGGGAGGGGAGGGCUCAGCCCUUUUCCUGCCUAAGGCAGCCACCUCCUUGUUUACAGGAGGAAGGCAGAUAGAGAUGAAGGGAAAUGUAGAGUAAUAUGCGAAAGUUAGUGGUGGAGCCGGAACGUCAAUGGGGUACAAGGGAGAUACGGUAUCGAUGGGUAUUGAGGUUGGUGGGCAGCUGGAAAAGACAGAUGAGCCAGUGCAGACUGUGCAGGAAGAGAAGGACUCUGGUGUCCAUUCCAAAGAAGAGUGGGGAGGGGUUCACGAACGUCAAAUCAGCAUGGUCAUGUGUGUGUGUGUGGGGGGGGGGGGGGGGGGGUAGGCUCACACGGGUAUGACGCCGGUCUGGGGAGGGGCAAAAACGUGUCCACACGUGUUUCUCCGCAUUCGCGCAGAUUUAGCCUCCCUCCUUCCGGAAUUAACUUAUAUGAUAUGUAAUGAUGCUAAAGU